GUACCGAUCACAAAUUCAUGUUUUCCGUGUGAUAAAUUGUCCGUCGCUUAUCAGGGUCAAAGCGCUCAGUCUGUGCGCGUUAGCGUUUCUGUGUUAUUGUUUUUAUUAGUAUUAUAAUUAUUUUUAUCGUCAUUUUUUCUACUAUUAUUAUUUGUUUUAUUAUUCGCAAUUAAUCAGGUCCGUCCGGUAGCGCACGUCAUAUGUUUGAUACCAAUGAUACCUACAUUUUAUAAUAAUACUAUUUUAACCGGUCGAUUCGACCGUCGAAUAACGUUAGGUCGCCGCUACGGGUAGUUUUAUUUAAUACUUGACCAUGUAUCUACCAUUUUUUUUAAAAACAUUGUCAUUCAACGCCGGCAAAUUAUAAUGGCAAAACAGAAUAUUAUUACGACGGGUGAGUGCUAAAAUGUGUUAUUAUCUUUAUUAUUAUUUAUUAUUAUAAUUUUAUUCUACUCGUUUCGCGGAUCGUUUUCGCACUAACUCUUUCCAUCAAACAUAUGGAAAAUUCCUAUGUUCGAGUUUUAAACGAAUAGUCAUACCUACUUAAUAUUUUUGUUUUUUUAACGAAUUCUGUUAAACAGUUGAUGAAAAGUGCACCUAAUAAAUAAUAAUAACCAAUUAUCACCGACCCGAUGAUUCAUAUUGGUAGUGAAAGUAUAGUACGCCAAUGGUAAUAUCGCGAGUAUACCCACUUUCUACGAGGUAUACUUGUAUAUUGUUAUAUUUUUAUAAUUUCAAUUCGAUUGUUGUUGAAAGUAAAAACAUUGUAUAUUUACAAUAUUAAUAACUACUUGCCAAAAAAAAAAAAAACAAAUUAUUACCUACCUAUGUAUAAACAACUUGAUUGUUUAUUGAAAUCGAAUUUAAAACUAAAAAAACGUUUAAUUUAUUAUACCAGACGUCCAAAAUUCAAAUUCUAAAUUACCACAUUGUCCACCUGUGUACCUAUGUUUCUGAUGAACAAAGAAAAGGUAUUUCUUUGUUUACUUUUUACAUAAUUUAUUAUAUUUGAAUUAUAAAAUACAAAUGAGUAUGCAUCUAUUCCUUUUACAAAUAUUGGGCAUGUUUUUCAUACUGUGUCAACAAUUUAUUCCUAUCUUAUUUUUGUAUGUAAACUUAUAAAGUAUAUUAUACAAAAUAUUAUAUAUAUAUAUAUAUAUAUAUAUAUAUAUAUAUAUAUAUAUACAUAAAAAAGUAUUCUAUUUUUAUACUUUUAUAAAUAUUGAAUCUUGCACACAAUUUUGGUUCAUUAGCGAAAUAAUUCAGGGGGUGAUUUUUUAAUAAAUUCAUAUUUGUAUCACUGUAAAUGAAUAGGUACUAUUUUGAUAUAUACCUUAGGUUAUAAUAAGCUUUGUGGACAUUUUGAUAUAAGGCAGCCUAACAUACAUAACUUGAUGUUUAUUUUCUUGUGCUAAAUGGUAUCUUAAUCACUUAAAUUACAAGAAAUAGAUAAAUCAAUGUCAAAUAUAAAAAUAUUUAUUUCAAAAGUGACCAAUCUAAUUUAAAUUUUUAAGAUAAUUCAAGGAACUGAGUUCAGUCCGUUUUGACCCAAGGUCUAUUUAUAUAUAGAUGAUACUAAUUAUAGAAUACUUAAUAUGUAGUGGGAGGAAAGGGGGUUAGACACUGAUACACAUAUCCAAUUUAAUAGGUAUUAUUAUAAUUAUCCAGAAACCUCUUUGUUAUUAUUUAUUUAUAAUUUAAAAUGAAAGCAUUAUUUGAAAUUAAAAGUAUCUAAGUAGUAUUUCUUCAUUUUGUCAGUAUUUUGUUGUUUAUCUAUUUAUGAAUCUGAAAUUUAUUGUUUGUAAAAAUAUUAUUUCAUUUUUAUAUGUUGAAUUCUAUAAUAAUAUUAUGAAAUAGGUACCUAUUUGUUAUUAUUUCUAAACUAAUAUACACAAAGAUAAUACCUAUGUUUUAUAAAUUAGUCAUCAUUUUCAACAUAAUAAAGAAAUUGAUAACACUUUUUAUAUUUAAAUCCCGAUUUAAAUAAUACUCAGUAGAGUUUAAACUUAUCAUUUUACAAUUGCAAAUAUUUAUAUUUUAUCUACCUAUGAUUAGUUGGGCAAUAGUUUACAAUUUAUUAGUUAAUACUAAUAUAAUAAAAUUAGCUAUGGGAUUUUAUUAAAUAAUUAAAUGUAAACAUUUUUUUUUUUUUUAUUGUUUGUGUUUAGGUUUCUGCAAAAUAAUCAGAUAGCAUUUUGUAAUGAACACAUUAUCUGAGUCUGAUGUCAUUAAUAAAUCUGUUCAUGAAACUAACCAAAUGGCUAAUGAUAAUGAGUUAAUAUUAUCACCAAAAAAACAUUUGGUUUGCUUUGCUACUGUCAAAGGCGACUGUUUAGUAACGAAAAACGGUGCUUCAUAUGCUGGGAUCAAAGAGUGUUUACUCAGUGAGCAGAUGGUUGUUAAAGACGAACCAAUUGAAACUCAAGUCAUAGAUCCCAUAAUUUCUGACCCUGAUAUUGACAGUGGGAUGGAAUCUUCAGCAUCUAGCUGGGAUAGGUCAGUCAAUGAAGUGAAAGAACAUGCAUUUGCUCGACUUGAAGCAGAGUUAAGAAAAGCCAACGAAACAUUAAAGCUUAGGGAUGAAGAAGUGUCACGGCUAAGUAGAAUACGUGCUGAUGUUGAAGCCGAAUUGGAAGAAUUAACUGCUAGUUUAUUUCAAGCAAGUCACAAGUUUAAUUAUAUACAUUUUUAAAAAAUCCUGUAUUAAUAUAAUUAUUAAUUUAUUUUAGGAAGCUCAUAAUAUGGUAAAAGAAGCAAAUUUACGUCAAGCAGCAGCAUCAAGGGCAUUAAAAGAAUCUUCAAUGAAAGUUGAUGUUUUAUCAGCAGAAGUGGCUGCAUUAAAAACUCUUGUAUUAACUUCUACACCAAGUCACCCAAAUUUAUCUAGAGAAGAUAGUGUUUCAAUGCCAGGUAUUAAUUUAUUUUAAUUUUUAUUUAUAAAUUUAAAAUUUAGAUAAUAGUAUAAGAAAAUAGAUAAUACAUAUUAUUUUAUUUUAUAUUAUGUAGAUUAAGUUUUUAUUUAACACCUAAAUUUCAUUAAAUUAAAUUAUUUUAGUAGUUAUAGAGUGAUUUUUUUUAACCCAAAACUAUAGACAGAUUUGAUUGAAUUUUAGGAGGGCUAUUUUAGUGAUUCCUCCUCCCCCUUCAGUCUUUAUCUUUGCAUGAAAUAUUUGUUGGAAAUAUUAAAAUUCAACAAUGUUUUUCUUUUUAGAAAAUUUAAUACACAUUUAAAGUAGUUUGGUGGUGAAAAAUAUUACUUAUAUUUAAAUUUACAUUAACUGAUGAAGUUUUAGUUGAAAUAAAUGUAUGAAAUUUUUAGGUAUAAAUUUGCUCCUGCAAAUAAAAAGUAAGAAGUAGUUCUCUUUUGAAUUUUAACUUCUAUUGUGUUUUAUUUUUUGAUUUUGUAAAAUGGUACCCAAUUGUUUAAUGGUGAUUAUUGAAACCAAAACUGGUUUUCGAACAUAAAAUAAACUUAUACUCCAGGCUACAUUUUUUUUUAUUUAUUUCUUAUUUAUUCGUAUUUACCAUAUAUGUAUAUAAAUUACAAAUAUUUCCCUCCUAAACAAUUUUUUGGUUAAUCAUAUUUUAUUUUUAUAGUUAUUUUUCUUAUAUAUAAAUACAUUUACUGUAUCAUUCGGCUGUUCUGGUAUAUUCGUAAUCCAAGGUUGACCAUUAUCAUUUUUGUAUUCACUAAAACGUUUGUUAACCACACACUCCAUGCCUAAAUUGUGAGCUAUCUUUGCACUCAAAUGAUUAGUACAGUCCAUACAAAUAAUUGAGAUGUCAUCAUUGAGUAAAGCUGUUUCAAAUGAGCGUUUAGCUACAGCUGUUGAUAAUCCAAGACCACGGUAUUGUUUCACUGUUGCUAAAGUUUUAAUUUCCCACAUAACAUCUACAUUUAACAUUUUAAAUAAGCAUGGGUCACUUUGAAUUGACGACCAGAAUUGUAAAGCAUUGUAUAGAUCUGUAUUUGUUUUAAAGUAUAAAUCUAAAAAAAUAUGUAUACAUUUAAAAAUAAAAUUAAUGAUUUACACGUUUAUUAUUUGGGUUUAAAUUUAUUAAAUAAAAUAUACUAACCAGCAAAUUUUUUUUGUUUCAUUGCAUUAUCAGGCUUUAUAAUACUAUUGAUAGCAAAGGAUACUACAGCUCCAUUAUUUGUGUCUCUAGCUACUAUUGUAAAAUCACCUUCUUUGUGUUCAUAAAAGCAAUUAUCUAGUUUUUCGACAUCAAUUUUUUGAACUUUGAAAACUGGUUCAUCUAGAUAAAAAUCUUUCUUAAUGAAUUUUAUAUCAUUCAUGUGUUCUUCUCUGGCAGGAAUUAUUUCUAUAUUCUUCGGAAUUGUUUUCAUUGUCUAAAAUAAAAAAUUUAAAUUAUAAUCUUCUUAAAAAAAUAUUUAGAGAACAUACUUUUAUAUUACGAUAACAUAAUAAAUAAUUAUUCAAUGAACAUAAUUUUAUAAAUUUAAGUAUUUGUUUUUGCAUAAACAUAUUGAAUUCCACUAAAUAGAUAAUAUGAUAAUAUGUAAUGAUUUAGUAGAACUGAUUAUUAUUUACCUAUGUUAUUAUUAAGCAAUUAGUAACAUUAUUUAAGCCAAUAAAUAAAAUAAUAUUAAAUUUGUUAUUAUGUUUAAGGUGGUUUAAGUGGAGUUGGACUGUUUUAUCGUAAACACAAGAGAUCUCCAUCACACAACAACUUAAAAUAUGGCCGAGAAAAUUCACCCCCAGAUUCACCACUAAAACAAAAAUCUAAUCAGACCGUAACAGAAACAGAAAACAUUGACAUAUCUGAAUGUGCUGAAGUAAAUAUUGUUUUAUACAAUACAUAUUUUUUUUUGGUAACAUAGACAUAAAGUACAAAUAUUAGAAAUUAUAUUUCUAGGUGGACCCAAAUGUGCAUCGUGAAUUUGUUCUGUGGAUGAAAUCUCCAACCUUAGAUAAAUCUGAUGCUUUUAUAAGUAGAAUAUAUAGAGAAGAUAUAGAUCAAUGCCUAGAAUUUAAUAAUUCAACUUUGGCAAUGGAUGUUAGGCAUGCAAUAGAAUCUGGAAAUCUUUUUAUUGAGUCUACAGACAAAUCAAAAUCACAUUUUCCAAAGUAAUAUAACAAUUUUAUAUCAAUUUGGUUUUUUUUUUUUGUUGUUCAUAUUUGAAAUAAUAUUUUAUAUUAAUUUUACUUUUGAUUUUAGAAAAUGCGCUCUAAUGGAAUCACCAUUGCUGUGUCUUUAUAGAAUGAAUUUAGGAGGAUCAGAUAAUGAAUGGUAUUCUAUAUCUCAAAUUUGUCGAAAUAGAGUAAGUAUUACCUUUUAAACAUUUAACUAUUGUAUUAUGAUGAAGUUGUUUCAUUAUUUAUAGUAUACAGAUUAUAUAUAUUAUUAUUGUAGAUAUUUCUAUUAUUCAGUUGCUUUCAUCUGUAUAAUACUGGUAAUUUAAUUUAAUUUAUAUAUAUAUGUUUUUAUAAACAGUAGGUGUUGUUUAUAAGACUUCAGGAUUAAUAAUAAAAAUAAACUUUUCAAAAUGGUAAAAUAUACAAUUAUAUGCCUUAAAAUAUAUUAAAUAUACUAUUUUUUCAACAAAAAUGUACUAAAAAAAGAUAAGUAUUGAUUCAAAAUGAAUUAUGUACCUACUCUUACAUGCCUAUUUAAAAUUAAUUACAAAAUAUACAUAUUAUAUAAAAUAUAAAAAAAUUAGAAUCUAUAACACUGUAUAAUUAUGAUUUUGUAAAAUCUUUGACGAUAUGACUAUUUUUUGUAAACUAAAAAUGAUAAUCACUAUUUUAUGAAAUUUCAUUUUUUUAUAAUUUUUUUGAUGGUCUUACAUGUUGAUUUUUCUAAAUAUUCAAAAUUAACAGGCAUUACAAUUACCAGGUUCAUAAGAAUCAAGUAUGCCCACAAUAAUAUUGGCUAUAUAGCGACCAUCGACAUCUUUAGUCUCAUCGAUUGAUACUCAAGCUUUAUGAUUAAAGACAUUUGCUUAUAUUUUAGUUAAAAUGUUUUGAUAAAUAUUGACUAUAUAAUUUUUUCUUAAGAUAGGAUAUUUUUAAAAGUAUACUUCAAAAACUCUUUAAAUUUAAAAUGAUUUACUUUGUACAGUGAAAUAUUAACUGAAAGUAGAGCUUCAGUAAAAUGUGAAUUAAAAUCUUAAUUUUACAGAAAUUUCAAGAAAAUAUGGACAAAUUAGAGAAUCUUGAAAUAAUGUAUUACAAAAACCUGAAAUUUCCGAAAAAUUAAAAAAUUGUAUUUUUGCUUAAAAUCAUCCAAAUAUAUAAAAAAUAUUAUAAUAAUAUUUUAUUAUAACUUGAAAGUAGAAAAUCGGCAUGAUUCACCCUUUUCAGAUUUUAAGUGAUGGUGUAUUCAUUUUCCGUUAGUUUUCUAAUUCAUUAGUAAAUUUUUUCUGAGAAAUCCCAGUUUUUUCCAAAAAAAAAAAAUAAUUUUUUAAAUAUUACCAAAUUUUUCCAAAAUAUCUAGUUUAAUUUCUUAAAUGUUGAUCCCUAUAUUUAACUAAUUAAUAAUAUCCAAUAUUAACAAAUUUCACUUGCAAAUAUUAACAAAAUUAAUUAUUUUGAACUAACUAAAUAAUUUCUUUCUUAAUCCGUUAGUGGUCGCGAUGUGAGCGCCACGCUCACAUUUAAACAAAUUUAGGCACUACUGGCAUGUUUCUGGGGUAUUUCGUGUGAAACUUUAAAUACCUCUUAUUGACAUAUGUUCAAAUAUAGACAAAAUUAAAUGUUAUGAUUUUAUCAAUGUUUUUGCUUUCUAUUGAAGAUUUGAGUUUCUAUUCAAGAUUCUAUUAAAGUCAUUAGCCAUGAAUAACUGAGCGCAGUGCUCACAUGCGACUAAUGCCGUAUUUGUUUUAUUUUAUUGUUGUUUUGUUUAAUAAUUUUAUUGUUACGUACUUUUAUAAUAAAAAUGGAUAAAGUGACACGAAAGUAUCAUUGGAUGGAUUAAAGAAUCUGAAGAUUUUGAUAGUUUAUAUGAUACAGAUGAUUCAGCCGAUGAUCCUGAUUUUGUUUUGCCUGAUAUACAAGAACAAUAUGAAAGUUAGUCUGAUUUUUCUGAUACAGAAUUUGUCGUAAAUGAAACAUUGAAUAUAAAUAGGCGUAACAAACCAAGUACAUCUCGUAGGUCUCGUUAUAGAAGUCCUUUGUCAGAUACAGUUUCCCCACCCACCUAUUAUUUAGGCAAUGAUAAUAUUAGGAAGUGGAAUAUUGACGGACCCCCUUUGAAUGUACGUAUGCCUUCACAUAAUAUAAUUUUACAUUUGCCUGGGGUAAAGCGAUGUGCGAAAAACGCCAAGUCUAAUAGUUGAUUGUUGGAGUUGGUUUUUUCCUGAUACGAUCAUAGAAGAAAUUGUAAAUUGUACAAAUAUAUAUUUAGCUGAAAUUAGAAUAAAUUAUCAAAGAGAAAAUGACGUACUCGACACUAAUAUUAUUGAGAUGAAAGCACUCUUUGGUGUCCUAUACCUAGCGGGUUAUCUUUGAAGUAAUCAUUUGAAUCCAAAAAACCUAUGGUCAAAUGAUGGCUUCGCUCAAGAAUACUCUCAUGCAGUUAUUCCUGAAAAACGUUUUUAUUUGUUAUUGCGUGCGCUUAGGUUUGAUGAUUAUCGUUCAAGGAAAGAAAGGUUAUCAAAAGAUAAACUGGCUGCAAUUCGCUCCAUAUUCGAUGGUUUUGUAAAACGGAGUCAGGACUGCUAUACUAUAGGAGAAAAUGCUACGAUAGAUGAAAUGCUAGAAGGAUUUAGUGGGAAAUGUAAUUUCAGACAAUAUAUUCCCAAUAAACUCAAAAAAUAUGGGAUCAAGAUCCAAGCUUUAGUUGACUCAAAGACAUUUUACACUUUAAAUAUGGAAGUAUAUGUCAGAACACAACCAGAUGGCCUUUCAAAAUUGGCAAAACAGGUAUAAAGAGUGCUGCACUCACAUGCGCCCAACGGUGUAAUAAAAAUCAUCGUGUCCACUGACGGGUUAAGACAUUUGAGAAUAAUUUUUAUUAAAAUUGUUUUAUUUCAAAUUAUAUAUGUAUAAUGUGGUAAAUUAAAUAAUGCAAAUUAUGUACAUUAAAUUAUAUUAAUAUAUACCCAGUAAAUUAAAUGAAAAAUUAUUGUGUUUUUAGAUUACAGCUGUAUGCGAUUUUCUCAAUUAUCUCAGAUACAUUCAAAGAGGCCUUGUUAAAAGUCCAGGUUUGUAUAAUAUUUCUUAAUUAUGGUUCACAACAAAAAUUUAAUAAUAUAUUUAUUGUUGAAAGUUACAUAGUUUUUUUUUUUUUUUUUUUUAAUCGAUCAUUGUUAGAGAUAAAUAAUAUCUAUUGUUUUGUAAUAGUGUAGGAACAAUUAUAAUUCUAUAAUUUCAUACUAAUUUUUAAAAAAUAUACAAUUAACAAAGUAAUAUUUAAAUGUAAAUAUUAUCGAUUACCAUGCUUAAAUAAAUUGAUGGUAAAAUUUAAAAUAAUUAUUAUUAACAAUAUUAUUCAUGUAGAUGAAAUUAAAAUAUCAAGGUAAUCAUAGGUAAAUCAAUUUAUGAUUUUGAACAUGUUAACUAUCAUCAGUAACAUCCAUAUUGUUUGACAUGAUAUUAGAUUUGGCACUAAGUGUUAUUAUUUUUAUACUUUAGAAAUUGCUUUUCAAAAUUAUUUUCAUGGUUCCAAAAUUUUUUUAUCACAUUAUGUGUAUGUCAUAUAUUAGUUGUGCAUCAUCAAUAAUCGUGCAUUAUGGUCACAUGAAAGGUUUAUUUCGCUUAAUGUACAAUAUACACAUCUUAUUAAAUAUGUAUAAAUUAUUUACUUUUUUUAUUAAUACUUGUUUUCUUAUCAAUAAUACAAUUUAAAUUUAUGUGUAUUUAUUUUUAAUAAUACCUAAUAAUAUAAAUGUAGAAAUGUUGAUAAUAACAGUGUUAAAAAAACAAAAUGUGAAAAAAGGCUUAAGAAGAUUAAAUAUUUGUAAUAAGUUCAUCCAAUUUUGUGGUAAUAUCAUUGAAAAUGUAUUUGUUUUCUAUAAGUUUUGAACAUAACAUUAUUAAUUUACUGUAGUUAAAACGUUUUCGUUAGGUGAAUAUUAUACAUUGAAUAUACAAAAUUAGAAACACGGUGACAAGUAUAUUAUUUGACCACAAGGGUAAUUUCAAUUGUUUAAAAUUAACAAUGUUAGUGUCAAGAUGGACAAUUGGAUUAAAUGGCAUUCACGUGAAUAAUCAAACUAUUAUCAUCUUUCACGUUUAAUGGAAUAGUAAAAUACCUAAAGUUCUAAUAAUAAAAAUAUUUUAUAGCUUUAAAUAUUAAUAGUAAUAAGUAAUAACAUUCACACAUAAGCAUACACAUAUUAGUAUUAUUUUAUUCCAUUUAGGUAUUAUAAGUAAUAUAGUACUGUUAUAGUUAGAAUUUCACCUAGAAAUUAUGUAGGUUAAAAAACAUUUUACUAUCACAAUAAUUUUGUGUACUAUUUAUAAAAUAGUGAAAAGCUAAAAAGUAUUACUUAUGGAUUUAUCUCAUAUUUAUUUAUUAUUUAAAUUUUUGUACCUAAGUUGCACAUAAGUAAUCAAUAUUGUAUUAAACUUUAUCAUUGAACAUAUUUCUGAUACAUUUUACUCACCGAAUAUUAUAAUAGUAGUGUGCAGUAUGCAUGUAUUGCUUAGUCUAGUAAACUUGUAUAAAUGAUUCAAUCGUUUUAUCUUUAGUAGGUAAUACCUGCAUGUGGUGUCUCUGUUUCACAAAUAUACGAAAUAACAAAUUUCCAUUCAGCGAGGACAAUAUUGUGCUGUAGUUUCAACAUUAAAGUGAAUUGACAUAUUACUAAACUUAAAGAUAAAAAUGUUAACAGUGCGAUGUUAGCACUGUUUUUUUUUUUUCAGUAUUUUAAUCUGUAUGAAAGAUAAGAUUAUAUUAAAUUAUGUGAAAUAUCACUAUUUAAGAAUGCUUGAAUAAUGUUUAAAAAUUAAAAUAACAAUUGAUUUAACAUUGCACAGAUAAUGUUCUUAUCAUAAAAUUUGAUAAUAAGUCAACUCAAUCUAAUAUUAAAACUAACAGCAUAUAGUAAUAGUUGUUCCUGCUGAAGACAAAUUUACUAUGUUAUUAGUUUGUAAGCCAGUGACUACGAGUAUCAAAUCUUCUUUAUGUUAGGAUCAAUAACUUAAUUAUUUUUAAAAUUGUAAUAACAUUUGAUUUACCAUUUUUGCAAUUUAACAAAUGAAAAUAAAAUAUGUGCAGUCUUUUUAAAUAAAAACAAAAAUACCUAUACAAGUAAAUAUUUUUGUCUCUUUUUUUUAAAAAAAAUAUAUACUAAGUUUAACAUUAAUAUUAUGUAUUAGGUAUAUAACAACUAAUAGGUUAACAAACUAUUUUUAAUUACAUAAAUUAAAUUGAUAGUCAAAACUAUAAGACAUAAACCUUGUCUAUUGCUUACUAACACUUAUUAAAACUGUUCAAAUAGUCGAAUUCUAAUUAAGAAUACUAUUAAAAAUUAAAAUAUAACAUUGAAGUAACAUAGUUUAAUAUGUAUUUCAAUAUGACACAACUAUGUCUUUAUAUAGAUAUCACCACAUUAAUAUUUUUUUUUAAUUUGAAGCAAUGCAGAAGUAUAUUAAUAUUUUUUUGCAAUAAGCACAGCUUAAAUGUUAAUUAUAAUUUGAUAAGUUAUACAAAUACACAUUUUUAUUGUUUUAGCGCAUAUUCAACAAUAAUAUAAUACCUACAUAACUUUAUUUACUAUUAUUUAUACCUAUUAAUAAUAUUAUUUGUUUAAUGUUAUUUUUUAGAAAACGACAUGUACUGGGAAAUCGUAAGACUGCGAAAACAAAUGAUGUUGGCUAAGUUGGGUCUAGCUUUAAUGUCAUAAUAGUGCUGUUAUGAACUCUUAAAAUAAACAGAAAAAUGUAAACCAAAGUCUAUGUAAUACCUAUUCAAAUAGUCAAACAGGGAUCUAAAUAAUACAUAUAUAGAGUAUUUUCUUAUGGUGAUAUUGUCAUUUGUUUUAUUUUUAAUUUUUAAUAUUAUUGUAGUAAGUGAUAUAAAUACUAUUUAAAUUCAAAUAAUACCAUGCAUUGAACAUGUAUAACAAUUAGUAUAUUAAGAGGAUGCUAUACCUGUCUGUUCUGUCUCAGUUCAACUACUGGGCAAUAUAGCAAAAUCUUCCUUACGCAAUGUAGGUAGAACUCGCUUAAUUUCUGUUUUACAGUAAAAACACCUAUUGUAAAAUUAAAAGAGGACAAUAUUCAGUUGGACAAAACUAUGCUAUUAUUGCAAAUAUAAUUUUCAAUACAUGAGUUUAGAAAUAAAACUAAUUCAUCUUUUUUAAAUUACUCAUUUUAAUUUUACAAUUAGUGCUUUUACUCCAAAACCAAAAUUAAGUAACUUUUAUGCAGAUUGCCUAAAGUAUAUUUUGCUAUAUUGCCCGUUAUUUGUACUGAAACAGCACAUGUAGAUGGCCUCUUAAUAUUAAUAAAAUGUCUAGAAAAUAAAACUGCUAGUAAUUUAUCACUAAAUAUUUUACAGUACCCACCUAUCUACUUAUCUUGUAUUUAUGAAUCUCAGUGCAGCUAUGAUAAAUAAGUGAUAAUUUCUUAAAGUUUAAUUUUACUUUGAUAGUAUGUUAUUAUUUUUAAUUACAAUUGUCUUGCCAAUUGAUUUGAAUGUGAUUUUAAAUUAUUAAUGAGUAGGGAACGGAUUUAUAUGCAAUUCAAAUCUGCAAAAAAAAAAACCCUUUAAAAAUAAAAUAAAAAUAAUUUAAAAAGCAAGUGUUAGAGGGGUUUAAAAAUCUUCUUUUUAAUGUUUCUAACCUUGUUAUAAAUAAAAGUGUCUAACACUAAAAUAUAAUUAACACUAAGUAUUUUAUAAAGUGUUUACAAUUUUAUUUGAAAAAAUUAUUUGUAUUUUUGUAGUGUUAGAAAAUUAUUUUUAAUAAGUUAGAGAUAUUAGAGAAGGGGAUUUUUGUGGAUUUUAAUUGUAUACAAAUCCAUUCCCUAGUAAUAAGGUAAUUGCAAUUCAUUUUACUGAACAAAUAUAUAUAUAUAUAUAUAUAAUAUGUAUGUUUAAUUAUUGUAUGAAUUGUAUAAGAAUAUUUGAAAUGGUGAUAUAUAAUUUUUUAAGUUUUUUUUAAUAUAUAGUAUAUUUUUUUUAUGUAUUGAGUUGUAUACU